AUGGGAAGCGGCGCAUCAAAAGCGCCUGUUGAGAAGCCGAAACCACCGGAACCGGCAGAUCAGGCACAGCCAGCAGCUGAAGCUCCAACACUUGAUAGUCGACUACCGUAUCCGAACUUUCGGGAACUUUUCACAAUGAAGAAUUAUUUUAAAACAGUGAGGAGAAACGAGAAGGAAUGCUCCAAGUUUAUGUUUGCAAAAUAUCUCAACGAUUUUCCGGAGAACAAGAACUUCUAUCCGAAAUUGAAAAACGUGAAUGCGGCGACGGUUGACAUGUCUUGCAGUGAUCCCGGAUUCGAGUCAAUGGCGCUGCAGUAUCUAAAGAUAUUCGAUGACGUAAUCACGGCAGUUGAAGAGAAACCAGGAGAUGUUCAAACGGCUUGCGAUAGGUUGUCAGCUGUGGGGAAGAUGCAUCGACAGAAGGUGUCUGGUAUGACGGCAACACAGUUCCAAAACAUGGAGGAGCCAUUCAUCCAAAUGGUCAAAUACAUUCUCUCGGAUCGAUUCAACGAGAAAGCGGAGAUGCUCUAUAGGAAAUUUUUCCAGUUCUGUCUGAAAUAUUUACUCGAAGGAUUCAACGGAUAA